AAAGGUUCUCUCCAGUCCUCUCGGGUCCGCCUCGGCUCAGUAGCUCGGGUGGCAGCAUGACGGUGGGCGCAAGGCUCCGAGAGAAGGUGGACGGCAGAUACCUUCGCCGGUUCCCGGGGCGGGGGCAAGAGGAGGAGGAGGAGGAGGAGGCCUGUAUCCUUCAGCAUUCGCAAUUAGAGGAGGAGGAAAGAGAGGAGACCAGGGGCUACGAAGAGCAGCUGCAGAGCCCGCGACCCCAGGGUGAGGUGAGAGGGGAGCAGGCGCCCCACUCCAAGAGAGUUCACUUUGCCUUUCUUCCGAAGAGAUAUGAGCCUCUGGAGGAGCAGGCAGCCGGAGAAAAGCCUAAAAAGAAAUAUCGGAAAAAGCUCAAGAAGUAUGGCAAGAAUGUUGGAAAAGUGAUCACCAAAGGAUGCCGAUACUUUGUCAUUGGUUUGCAAGGACUUGCGACGGCUUACUCAGCACCCUUCUCGGCCUCUGCUACCCUUGUUAACUUGGUUCGCUAACAGAAGUCACAGAGGCUAGUGACACUGCUGUCCUGGGAACACCAUGAAACAAGCAUCACAGACUUUGACCCAGAAACUUCUUAUGACUUGAGAGAAAAAAAAUAUACCGUCUUUUCUUGUGGAGGUUGAUGAGGGGUGUUAAUGAAUCAGUCCCUUCCAUCUUUCUGAUGCUUUUCAUCUUUGAAGUGUUCUUCUAUCAAUAGAAUUCUAGUCAAAAGGAAGCCUGUGCAAUGAAGUAUUGGGCCCAAAGGAUAAAUCGAGGUUUCUCUCAGACAAGAUUCUCAGUUACAGAAAAAUUAGGUGCUAAAUCCUGAAUCUGCAGCUCAUCAAACUGAAGGAGGGCCACAUAAAGGACAAAAUCUAGGCAAGUGGACUUGAUGGGAAGGAGAUUCCUAGUGAAUUAAAAUGGGGAGAAAUUUUGGCAGAGGAUUGGAUGUUUAGUGAUCCUUUCCCAGAGUGAAUCUUGAACUGAUAACACAACUUUUACAGAAGACCCAGUAUCCUAUUGUCCCAGAAGUUUCUAUGCAGUGUGUCUCUACAGAUGCCCUCAUUUGGAAGACAGACUUCUUAUGUCUUCUUGCUUUCCUAUUGCAAAAGAUUAGUUACCAUUGUGAAAAAAAACUGGAGGAGAUGGUGAAUUUUGAAGAAUGAGAUAUCUUGAAAGCAGCAUUGGUAUUGAUGUGUUUGAGGUUAUUAUUCAAAUUUAAGAAAGACCUGUGAUAGGGGGCAGCUGGGUAACUCAGUGGAUUGAGAGCCAGGCCUAGAGACAGGAGGUCCUAGGUUCAAAUCUGGU